GCCCCUCGCGCCGGGCCACGCAGCGCCACGCCGCUCAGCCGAACCCCAACCUCGGCGUCCCCGGGACAUUUAACUAUCUGUAAUCAUGAGCAACCCUUUUAUACACCUUGCUGAGCCCUUGGAUCCCAAGGAACCAGAAAAAAAGUUCUUCAAUUUGAAUAAGUUGGAGGAUUCAAGAUAUGGACACUUACCAUUUUCUAUCAGAGUUCUCCUAGAGGCAGCCAUCCGGAACUGUGAUGAUUUCUUAGUGAAGAAGGUUGAUGUUGAAAACAUUUUAAAUUGGAAUGUGAUGCAGCAUAAGAAUAUAGAAGUACCAUUUAAGCCUGCCCGAGUUAUUCUGCAAGACUUUACGGGUGUGCCUGCUGUGGUUGAUUUUGCUGCAAUGCGUGAUGCUGUGAAAAAGUUAGGAGGGGACCCAGAGAAAAUAAACCCCAUUUGUCCUGCUGAUCUAGUAAUUGAUCAUUCCAUCCAGGUUGAUUUCAACAGAAGGCCAGAUAGUAUACAGAAGAACCAAGACCUAGAAUUUGAAAGGAAUAGAGAAAGAUUUGAAUUUUUAAAGUGGGGCUCCCAGGCUUUUUACAACAUGAGGAUUAUUCCCCCCGGCUCAGGGAUUAUCCACCAGGUGAAUUUAGAGUACUUGGCAAGAGUGGUAUUUGAUCAGAAUGGAUACUACUAUCCAGACAGCCUGGUGGGCACUGAUUCACAUACCACAAUGAUCGAUGGUUUGGGUGUUCUAGGUUGGGGUGUGGGCGGAAUAGAAGCAGAAGCUGUCAUGCUGGGACAGCCAAUCAGCAUGGUGCUUCCUCAAGUAUUCGGUUACAAGCUGCAGGGAAAUCCUGAUCCUCUGGUAACUUCCACAGAUAUAGUGCUGACAAUCACCAAGCACCUUCGCCAGGUUGGCGUAGUGGGUAAAUUUGUCGAGUUCUUUGGACCAGGGGUAGCCCAGCUGUCCAUUGCUGACCGAGCCACCAUUGCCAACAUGUGUCCAGAGUAUGGUGCAACUGCUGCAUUUUUCCCAGUGGAUGAAGUUAGUAUCAAGUACCUCCUCCAAACAGGCCGUGAUGAAAAAAAAGUUAAGGAUAUUCAGAAGUACCUUCAAAGUGUAGGAAUGUUCAGAGACUUCAGUGAUUCAUCUCAUGACCCAGAUUUUACCCAGAUUGUGGAGUUAGAUUUGAAAACUGUGGUACCCUGCUGCAGUGGACCCAAAAGACCUCAAGAUAAAGUAGCAAUAUCUGAAAUGAAAAAAGACUUUGAGAGCUGCCUGGGAGCCAAGCAAGGAUUUAAAGGAUUCCAGGUGCCUCCAGAACAUCAUGAGGAUCACAAAAAAUUUUUGUAUGACAAUAGUGAAUUUACACUGUCCCAUGGCUCUGUCGUUAUUGCUGCUAUCACCAGCUGCACCAACACUAGUAACCCUUCAGUGAUGUUAGGGGCAGGAUUAUUAGCAAAAAAAGCUGUUGAAGCUGGUCUCAAUGUGAAACCUUACAUUAAAACUAGUUUAUCCCCUGGAAGUGGGGUAGUCACCUAUUAUCUAAGGGAAAGUGGAGUUAUGCCAUAUCUGUCUAAGCUUGGGUUUGAUGUCGUGGGGUAUGGCUGCAUGACCUGCAUUGGUAACAGUGGGCCACUGCCUGAGCCAGUGGUGGAAGCAAUUACACAGGGAGAUCUUGUUGCAGUGGGUGUACUCUCUGGAAACAGGAAUUUUGAGGGUCGUGUCCAUCCAAACACUCGUGCUAAUUAUCUAGCUUCUCCUCCAUUAGUAAUAGCAUAUGCAAUUGCUGGGACCAUCAGGAUUGACUUUGAGAAAGAGCCAUUGGGAAUAAAUGCAAAGGGACAGAAAAUUUUUCUGAAGGACAUAUGGCCAACUAGAGAUGAGAUUCAGCUUGUGGAACGUCAAUAUGUUAUCCCUGGGAUGUUUAAGGAGGUCUAUGAGAAAAUAGAGACAGUGAAUGAAAGCUGGAAUGCCUUACAUGCUCCAUCAGAUAAACUAUAUUCCUGGAACCCCAAGUCUACAUACAUUAAAUCUCCACCCUUCUUUGAAAACCUGACUUUGGAUCCCCCACCUCUUAAACCCAUAAUAGAUGCCUAUGUCUUAUUAAAUUUGGGAGAUUCAGUAACAACUGAUCAUAUUUCUCCAGCUGGAAAUAUUGCAAGAAACAGUCCUGCUGCUCGAUACUUAACCAACAGAGGUUUGACUCCCAGAGAGUUCAACUCCUAUGGUUCCCGAAGAGGCAAUGAUGCCGUCAUGGCUCGAGGAACAUUUGCCAACAUUCGCUUGCUAAACAAAUUUUUGAAUAAACAAGCACCACAGACCAUACAUCUGCCUUCUGGUGAAACUCUUGAUGUAUUUGAUGCUGCUGAUUGCUACCAGAAGGCAGGUAUCCCUCUGAUAGUACUAGCUGGAAAAGAGUAUGGAUCUGGGAGUUCCCGAGACUGGGCAGCCAAGGGCCCUUUUCUGCUGGGAAUCAAAGCUAUCCUAGCUGAGAGUUAUGAACGAAUUCACCGCAGCAACCUAGUAGGGAUGGGAGUCAUCCCUCUGGAAUAUCUCCCUGGGGAGAAUGCUGAUGGGCUUGGCCUCACGGGACGGGAGCGUUACACUAUCAUCAUUCCAGAAAACCUCAAGCCACGAAUGAAUAUCCAGAUUCAGCUGGAUACGGGAAAGACCUUCCAGGCUAUCAUGAGGCUUGACACAGAUGUGGAGCUCACUUAUUUCCAAAAUGGGGGAAUCCUCAACUACAUGAUUCGUAAGAUGGUCAAGUAGGCCUGUGCACCCAUCAGGACUCAUCUCCUGCAAUCAAGACGAAAACAUGCCAUAAUCACUGGCCCCAGAUUCAUAUAAACCCUAACAUGAAUAUUGCCUUCUGAUGGAGCACAUUUUUUUGGAAUUUGUGACACUGUGUUAGAAUGAGUGUGCAUUGAGGUGGGUUAUUUUUGUUGGUUUUUUUUCUCAUUUCUCAAUGCACAAAAUCUGAUUCACUUAAAUUUUUUUUCUUUUUUUCAGAGCUGGUGGAUAGAAUAAGUGUGAGUUAGUGUUCUUAGUGCCAGGAAGCAAAUUGAGCUCCCUUGGAGCUGCUAUUUUGGGUAUUUGAUUUUUAUUCUCAUUCUCUUUGUUAAAAUGGACACAUCCACAGAUACACACACCAGAGUCCCUCUACUUGUUGGUGUGUCUUCUUUUAUUAUUCCUACCUGGAAGUGGAUUCUUCUUCUUCACUGAGACAUUUGAUUUUUAGGUGGCAUCCUUCUUUCCUAUAUGUUUUAUCAGCAUUAUUAACUGACUGUAAACAAAAGAAAAAUUUCUACCCUCCAAAUCCCAGUAAUUAUUUUGAUUCUUCUCUCCCUCUUCCCAGCUCCUCUACCCUCAGCCCUCAACAUGUUCUCAAAAUCAGAGGAUUAGAAUGCUAACCUAUUCUAAACCUCAAAAUGAUUUGAUUCUGUAGCUUUUUACAGAUUAAUCACACACACACACGAACUUUUCUAUCUCUUCCCAGCAGCUCUGUUUUGCAUUUUGUAAGAAUGGGCAUUGACGUAUGUGGGAGUGGAUGUGGGUGUGUUUAUGAGAUGGGGGAUGGGGGUGUUGAAAGAGUGGUUGGAAUGGAAAGAGAACAUUUCUAACUUGAAUAAGAUUAAAUCUAUUUUCAAAAAAAAAAAAUCUUGUUGACUUUGGAAGCAAAUUUUUCUAUGUGUUGCUGUAUCCUUGGAACAAACUAUUUAGGGUGAAGUGAGUCACUGUCUCUCAACAUUUUGAACCCUGGAUGACCU